GUUGUGCUCGACCAAGCUCGACAUUUCCACGGGGAUCAAGUGUAUCUAUCACGUGACAAAUUGAAUUAUUUUGACCAAUUUUCCAGAGCCCCACCCACACCAUGGAAUCCAUGGUGAUCCCGGAGAACGAGCAGGACCUCAGCUUCCAGGUCAACCAGUACUGCCGGUUCUGUCUGUGCAAGCCCGACAAGCUGGUCCCGCUCAAGUCACGCGUCAAAGCGAUGCCGGUGCCGGAAAUGUUCACCUUCCUUACCGGCAUCGAGAUCGACUUCGAGGAUCCGUACCCGAAGAAGGUGUGCACGGUUUGCAUCGGGAAGCUGGGUUCGGCGUACGCGAUUCGGAAGGAGUUUUUGGACAAUUUUGCCACGCUGCAGAGCUUGCAGAGCGAUGUGGUGGAGAUCAAGGAGGAGUAUUUAGAUGAGGAGCACUUGGAGGACCCGGUGAAGCAGGAGCAGCAUGCGGAUUUUAUAAAGAAUUUGGAAACGCUGAAACAAUGCACCGGCGAUGAGCUUCAGGUUGCGUUGAGCAAUGUGCAGACGGUGGUGGCGGAGCCAAUCAAGAUGGAGAUUUCUUUGGCACCCGAGGACGAUUCUAGUUCCGAGUACGAGGAUGUGGACGACGCGGUGGACUAUCCGAGUUCUUCGGAUGACUUUGAGUCAGAGGAUAAGGAAUCGGAGUUUAAACCUCGGGAAAAAUACACAAUGCGGCGAGAUCCUUCGGUUCCGUUGGUACGGAAGAGAAAGCACAACUUCGAGGGUGAACCUUCGAAGAUGGACCCGAACAAGUGCUACAUUUGCCAGCAGCAGUUUGAGGGUCCGCGCGAGCUGAACGUCCACCUGCCCGUUCACUCGGACAUGCUUCCGUACACGUGUGAAACGUGCGCCGGAGGUCGCGCCAAGAAUGAUCCGAUCAUCACCGUGCUGAUGCUGCACCGACACAUCCGCAUGCACGCGGGAACCAUCGGCUGUCCGUACUGUCCGUAUCGGGUGUUUACGGUAAACACGUUGAAGGGUCACAUCGAGCGGGAGCAUUCCGAGAGGGCGAUGGGGACGUUUACUUGCGAAAAGUGUGGCUAUACGCUGAACAGUAAGCGCCUCUACACGGACCACAUGAAGCGGCACGAGGCGGUUGAGUCGGGAAAGUAUGCGUGCACGAUUUGCGACUGCAAGUUCGGGAACGGGCCACGACUGAGGCGGCACAUGCUGACCCACGAGGAGAUGAAGUAUCAGUGCCAGUAUUGCGCCAAGUCCCUUCGGAGUCACACGUUGCUUCUGACGCACGAACGAGAGCACGCGGACAACGGUGGCGCCCAGUACGCGUGUCAGUUCUGUAACACGCUGUUUGUGACCAACGUCGAGCGGUCCUACCACCUGCAAACCAAACAUCCCGAGUUCGAGCGUAAAAAUACGCAGGUCAAUCGCUCGUUGAACCCGUACCAGCGAGGAGGACGGGAGCGCAAGGUUCCGGUAGAUUGGAAGUGCCAAGAGGAAGGUUGCGACCAUCAGGCGAAAACCCUGGCCGGGUACUACCACCACCGGUACAAGCACAGCAACAAGUACCAGUGUUCGUACUGUAACAAGCGGUGCUCGACCAAGCAAGAGUUCAACAUUCACGUCAACACGCACACGGGCGAAAAGCCGUACGAGUGUGAUAUUUGCGACAAGAAGUUCAACCAGAAGCCAAACCUGGUCAACCAUCGCCGGCUUCACACUGGCGAGCGGCCGUAUUUGUGCACCGACUGUGGACAAACGUUCGAAUCGAACAAGAAGCUCGCCAACCACAUCCUGCAGCAUUCGGCACCGCAACACAAGUGCAUUCCGUGCAAUAAGGAGUUCCGUUACAAGGGAGAUUACACGAAGCACAUGAAGGUGAAGCAUGCUGGACCGAGUCAAGAUUUGGAGGGGGCGAGCCAGGAUUACUGAGCGAUUGUAUUUAAUCAAGUAGGAUUUAUAAAUAAAAUUGUAACGUUCUUGUUUUUCUUGAAGUUGGGACGUCAUCAAAAACAAUCUCACCAGUAUCGU